AUGGAAGUUGAACAUGCCCUGAAGUCUAAAUACGGGCUUUCGAAAGGAAGCGGAUUCCCAGCCGCUAACGACUCUCCGGUUGACGGUCAGUCGCUAUUGUCGGCACACAAUAGACGGUAAAGGACCCGUUUCUUCGAGUGCAGUCAGGUGUGUGUUCCGAGCUCCCUCCUCGUCCCCUCCCGACCAUGCUUCUUCAGCGGUUUGCGCGUUGCAGGUGUAAAAAAGAAAGAAAGAGCGGUCGGAACCAGGGCGCGGUGGAGGCUGCAGAACCCUUGUUUUGGGCGCGAGGCUGUUUUUUCUCCGUCGCCGUGAUCUGCGGUUCCGAUUCCGAUGAAUCGUGAGUUCUCUAACGGAUCUCAUCGACUUCUGGAGCCGGCGUUUCAGGAAGUUUUCGACUUCUCAACUUUUGUUUUGAAUUUUUGAGGGCUCUUCAGAAAACAAAUAGGCGUCUCUAAAUUUAAUUUUGAACAGCAAUUUCGAGUUUAUAAUAUGCCUAUGGGAACAUUAUUUUUGGCUAAUUAUCACUUACUGUUUACUAUAUAAUAUCGCCUUUUACCUAGUAUUACAUCGCUGUGCAAUGAUUAAAGCUUCUUUACGACACCCAAAGCCGAUGUUUGCGAUGGCCAGUCCCGUGUAAUCGCCUUCCCUGUCCACCCAUCUGACGUCACGUUCAGCACCUUUUAUGUCUUCUCCCCCUAGGGCGUCCGAACUGUCUCUUUGAUACACUCCCGUGUUUUUAUCAGUUCUUGGUUGGCUUUUCCGUUAGUCAGCCGACCAAUUAGCCCGAUUCUCGGCUCAUUUACACCGAUUUCAGACACUUUAUUUCCCCUUAUGGAAUGGAGGAUGGCCGGGUCAGUUUGGCCGAGAUUUUCGAGGUCCGUGCGUCCGGUUUCAAUUCGGCCGAACUUCUCGCAAUUCUGAGUGGCGCGGCCGAAACUCUGAUCGCCAAAAAGACCGGAAUCAAAGGACUUUUCAGUCCGGAAACGCUGUUUGUUACAGAAGAUGGACGAAUCGAGGUAAAUAAAGUUUUUUUUGAUGGUUGCUCUUUAGAUUGAAAUCUGUGACACCAUCAACCCUGACUUCAUACCUCCAGAGACGCUCAAGCAUCCCAAGGAACCUCUGUUUGAUCAUCAUUUGGUAUGGUGUUUGGGGAAAAUUGCUCAGAGCAUCAGUUUACCCACCUCCAAUGAUGCCGGACUCUUUUCGCUAAUCAAUUUGAUGACUGUGGAGGAUAUUGGGACUAGGCCGAGUAUGCAGAAACUGUCUCAGAUGGUCAGAAACAAGCUUGCUAAUCCGGACGCGGUCAAGAAAACAUUGAGGUUGAUGUUUGAAGAGGUUAUGGGGAAUAUUGAGGAGUUGGUGAGUUAAAUUAAAUGUUUGUUUUUAUAUGUUUUAGGCCGACGAAUCAGAUGAGGAAGGUUUUAUGAAUCCUCCAGAAAUAAUUCCCAUGAAUUUCUCGAAGAAGGCACAAUUAACCCAACAAUCUUCUCCUUCUUCAUCAAUGGCGUCUGAUUCCAGCAAUGAACGAAGCCCCUCUCCUGUCGAACAUUCCACCAGAGUCAUUCCAGAGCCCAGAACUUCCCAACCUCAGCCUUCUGAACGUCAUGUCACUUCGAAUCAUCAGAAUAAUCAAAAUGAAGUCAUUGAGUUAGAAAAGGAACCUGUGAUAUCAACUAGAGCGGUUGAAGAAUCAGUGACGAAUGUAUUCAAAUACGGUGGUAAUGGAUCCACAAAUCCCUUUGAUGAAGUCGAUGAUCAUGCCUUCUCUUACGCUGAUGAUGAUGAACAAGGUGAUUGGGUCAAAGUGAGACAACCGGAGCUCGCGAGGUCACACCCUAAUGAAACAACUGAGGUAAGAUCUUUUUGUAAUUUGAUUAUUUUGAAUUUAGAUCAAAAAGAUUCCCGUCAACUCGAGAACCAGCGAAACUUUGAGCAGAAUCAGCGAAGAAUCUGCUGCCAUCUCGAUUAAAGAUCGAAAUUCUCUCGAGCAAAGAAGAUCCCGGGAGAUUUUGGAUGUGGAAGUUGAUAAGCCAGAGGUCGCAGUCCAGCCAGCCGUCCGGACUGAAAAUACGGGACGAUUUUUGAAGAAAUCGGAGAUUCAGAACAAAUAUAUUCACCAUAAACCCUCGGGAUCGGUGGAAAGUAAGUGAUUUAUAAAUAAAUCUUAUUCUAAUUUUAGUUGUUGCAGCCGAGGUCCAUAAAGAUUACAGUAGAGAUUCCUCGCCCUCAGGCUCUUUUGCAUCGGAAGAAUCGAGUGGGGAAAGAUUUGAGCGACAAGAUGUAAGUCAUGAAUACUUCUAUUUGGACUUUUUUGAACGCUUAACUAAAUUAAUUUGUGUUUUAGGAGAACCGAACUCCUCCAACAGCCAUUCCGAACAAUGAUUUGAAUGAUCGAACCUCGAUAAGGCCCGAAUCCCCUCAGGUUAAUCAAAAUUUGAUCAGACAUAACUCAUUAAAACCCUCCAAAAUCCAUCGACAAUCAACUAAUCGGAAAGUUAAGGUAAGUGAUUACGGUAUUUGGACAACUCUUGGUUUUUUAAUGCAAUUUUAAGCACUUUUUUUGUCAUGGGUAAUAUUAAAAUUACAUAAUUUUCGUAAUUUAGACCAUCGCCGUUCCCGAAUUCAUGGAGAAAAAGCCAUAUCCGAUAAUCCGUUUGAGGGCGCAAAGUCAGAAACGUCGGAGAGUUGCCUUACAUCGAGUUGAAGAGACGAUUUUAUUGGUCAAAUUACUCACAGGACAGACGGUAGAACUGAACUGUAGAAGUGACGCACUGGUCGGGAAUAUAUUUGAUACAGUAGUCGCCCAUUUGAAUCUAAAUGAGAGCAGUUUCUUUGGACUGGCCAUUCUGGAGAGUAAGAUUUGCUUGCUUUUUAUGUUAUUGUAGCUAGGCAAAAUAAAAUUUCUGAUGAUUUCAGAUAAUGAAUACUUCUUCCUGGAAAAUGAACAACGUCUUGAGAAGUUUGCCCCAUCCGGUUGGAGAUUGGCGUUGAAGAAUGGAGCCAGGCAGAGCUUUAUGUUGUUCUUGAGAUUCAAAUUUUACCCAAAAAGAAUUGAUUUCGUAAAGUAAGAUUGAGAUUUUAAGAAUUUUUAUUGUAAUUUUUAGAACUCAGCAAGCCAGACAUUCCUUGUACAUUCAGUUGAGACAGAAUAUUUUGGACGGGGCUCUUCAGGUGACCAGAAAUCAGCUGCUGGAGUCAUCGGCACUCGCUUUGCAGGCUGAAUUCGGCGAUAAACAUGAACAUGUCAGCAAUUACUUUGCGUUGGAUGGAUAUGUCCCCAAGGUAAGUUGAUUUCUGGAAGUUAUUUAUUUUUUGAUGUUUUUUAAUACGUAUUUAAAUUAAUUUGAUGUUAUUGUAGAACAUGUUGGUUCGAUUAAAGUCCGAGGAGUCCCACAACCUCAAAGACGCCCUGAUUCACAUUCACGAUUCCAAAAAAGGUCUGAAAUCAAUUGAAGCCGAAGCUGAUUUCAUCGAAUUUUGCCAAACCCUCCCCACCUUUGGGGCCCAUUUCUAUUUGGUCCACAAGUUUAAACCGUCAAGCAAGAAUCCGGUGGACGCCCGGUUCCGUGCCCAUCAAUGGGUCGUCAUCAUGCCUCAGGGCAUCGGAAUCGCGAAGGAAACGCAGAUCGGAACAAAACAAAUAAAUUCGAUCCAUGAAUGGCACAUGAUCAGGACGCUACAGUAUGACGGGAAGAGGUUUCUGUUGGCGACGAUGGAGAACAAUAUCGCCGUGGAUCAUGUCUUUUAUCUGGAACAUUUCACAAAGUAAGGAGCACUUCUUGGAACGAAAAUAAUUUUAAAAAUUCAAAAAUGUUUUUGAUUCUUGUCUAGUGUGAUAUAAAAAAGAAUUUUUAUCUUUAGGUUUUGAUCCGAUUUAAUAUUCAUAUUUUUUCAGAAGCCGGUAUCUUGUCAAGUUCGCCGCAGAACAGCACAAAUUCAUGUUGAGAAUGCGCCAAUGGCAAUCAACUCUUCAAAGAAAUAAAUUGAAUGCUGGAAAAGAUGUGAUUGUAGAGCGAGAUGAGAGAGAUCACAGCGUUCCGAGAGAGGUCAGAGAACAUCCUAAAGAGGAGAGAAAGGAAUGGAAUGAUCUGACAGUCUGGACGGACCAAUUUAUCCAAGAAACUUAUGGAUCUGAUGCUCAAAAAUUGGAAAUCACUCUGGAUAAAGACCCCAACAAUGGAUUAGGCUUGACUUUGGUCGAUGGGAGCGUGAAUGGAGUUAAAGGAGUCUAUGUGAAAUCGGUGGCCGAACAUGGAGAUGGCCGGAGAAAAGUGAGUUCAGAUUUGAUGGUAUCUAAAAUGAGGUGAUUAAUGGCUAAAAGUAAAGGAUUUCUGUCGCUUAGUUGACUCCAAAGGGGACUGUAAGCCUCUCCGCUACGACAAGGCGGCCAGAAAUGGAGGGGGUUUUUUUAAAACCAAACAAAAAAAUAAUGACAAAUGCAACAUAAAAAAACAUAGGUUAUUAAUAAUAGCGAUGAUGGAAAAGGACUGUUGGCCAUCAAACGUUAGUAGAAAUGAAGUGCAAAAUUUUUUGAUUUCAUUGUGCAACUCUAAUGCAAUGUAUUUAAUUUUAGGGCUUGCAUAUGGGCGACUGUAUCCUUAGUAUAAAUGGAGUCUCUCUGUGGAAUCGAACUCGUCAUGACGCUGUGACCCUUGUAAAACAAUGUGAGAAUUAUGUCCGCAUCGAAUUCCUCCGUUUCCAUUCAAUUACGGCCGUUCUUUUGGCCGAGGGACCCGAGAAAUUUAAAAGUCAAGAACACAAAACAUCGAAUGGCUCGGGUAUUACGUUAUCGCCGAAGAAAAGUACAGAAGAAAGGAGCGCGACGUUAGGGAGAAUGACCAGAACACCACCGCCUGAGAGAAAGGAGACCAAAGUGAACAGAAGGCAGAGGGCAGUCUCCGAUUUUGGAGCCAUUUCGGAUACUAUGCCCACACUGAAUUCGGAGGAUCUUCUAAAAAGCAUGGAACAACUUUCCAGGUAAAAUGAAAAAAUAAAAAGAUGACUAAAAUUAUAUUACUUUAGGUCAAAAAAACAAAUCGAAGAUUCGUCUGACUCAGACGAAGAGGAGACUUCAUUCCUCAAUAAAGGUGUCUACAACCCACCGGUCAGUGAUAUGUAUGCCUUCCAUCGAAAUUCGGAUGAAGAAGAUAACGAAAAAAUUACUCAGCCAUCAACUUCGAAGAAUAAAAAUAAUUUCAACGGAUACGCCCAGCAGAGAAAACCCUUCCAAAGCGAUAUAUACAAGAAGGAUUCGACUAGCUCUUUACCGUAAGUUUGGGGAUACUGUGGUCUUUAGUCUUUGUGUAUAUUUUUUGGAAUAAAUUGUAUUGUCUUUGACUUCAGAAAACAAAAAACUUUGGAUUGGACGAAUGAGGUGCAAACUCACGAAGGCGAUGAGAAUUCGGAUGAUAAUGAUGGACAGAUCAUAACAGUUGAGUUGCGAAGAGCUCCCGCCAGAUCUCUCGGAUUCAGAAUCGCCUCGGCCAACGGGAUUGUCCGCAUUAAACAGAUCACUUCAGAACCCGCGACUUUGGCCGACCUCAGGGAAAAUGAUCGGUUGUUAUCGAUUAAUGGCAAGGACUUGACGGGACUAGCACAUCAGGAUGUUGUGAAUCUGCUGAGAAAUGGAGGUACAGUCAUCACUUUGAAGGUUGAAAGAACUGAAAAUGAGGAUGAAGGUGGCCAGAGUAUCGCUGUUGUGUUUGAAAAAAGCCGCGGAGAAGAUUUGGGUAAGCGCUGGAAUUAUUUUCAGGCAUUUUAUUAUUUUUUGUUAAACAGUAAUUUCAUCGUAAUUUUGGACUAAAUUACAGACUAUAUUACACAUCAUCAUCAUGUACAAUAUAAUUUUUAAGGUAUUUCCCUGGCCAAGCGCAGCUCAUCUGACGGAGUCUACAUCCGCAGCCUCACUUUGGGCUCCAUGGCCGAAGAAGAGGGAUCUCUGAGGAUCGGCGAUACUAUUUUAGCCAUCAAUGGUGUCCAAGUUUCCCAAAAAUCCCCAAAAGAGAUCAUCGAAUUGAUCAGAGAAAUUGAUGGAAAAGUCAGAGUCACCGUGAAGAGGAGUUGA